AUGGCGCAGGACGCGCAGAAGGAGGCCGAAGAGAGGCUGGCGGAGGCCCGCAAGCUGGCGGCGAAGGCGCAGAGGGAGCAGCGGGGCUUGCUGGAUGCGGCCUUCACGGAACGCAGGGGAGGGCGCUGGCGCUUGUCGGGCUACCGCGGCCGCGUGACUUCAGAAAGGAGCUCGUCGUUCUCGUCAAGUUUCGGGAGCAGCAGCGGUUGA